CCAUCCAUUGAUACGACCAAGAGGAACAUGCAUCUGUCUUCCAUUCCUCCCUGUGGCUUCCUCCUCAUCUUAAACCUGCAGCUGUUCAGCACAUAUCCUAUCAGCACCGGCUUGACUGACACUGACAUGGACAUCUUAAAGGUGAUCUUUCAGAGACUAGAGGAGUCAGUUUCAGAGCAGACUGAAGUGGACCAAAGAGUCCCUGCAGAGAGGGACAGCCUAAACACAGAGGAGGCAGCUGUACAGCAUCCCCUAACUGGACUGGAUGAGGUGGCAAUCAGGGAGUUUCUCUCAGCCAAGAACCUGAAGAGCGUCCGCAAUGACUCAUCCAGGAGAUCCUCCGGCUGCUUCGGUCGACGGAUGGACAGAAUAGGCUCCAUGAGUUCUCUUGGGUGUAACACUGUCGGCAAAUACAGUAAGUCACAGUAA